UUCAGUCGUGCGGUUCCCGAGGAGCGGCGAGGUUGCUGCCUUCACUGCUGCAAAAAAGCGUCCGCUUCAGGCAAUUUGGAACAGGUAUGAGUGAUUUCAGUGAAGAACUGAUAAGGUCCAAGACAGAGGAUGACCAGGAGGAAUCGUGUGUAUUCUCUGGAACAGGAAUGUAUUUUCCUUGGCUUCAGAAGCACAUAGAUGCUGUGGCAACUGAAGGAAAAAAGGAGAAGGAUUUUGCUCAGACGACGAGCGCUUGUUUGGGUUUCAUCCGCGAAGCCCUGCUGAAGCAUCGGUGGCAGGAGGCCGCGGGGUACAUGCACAGCUACCUGCAGGUUCUGGAAGACUCGGACAGCCAGAAGAGGCUGGGGGCGCCCGAGAUUAUUUGGAAGCUCGGAAGUGAAAUUCUAUUUUAUCAUCCCAAAAGCAACAUGGAGACUUUCAAUACCUUUGCCGACAGGAUGAAAAACAUGGGUGUCAUGAAUUACUUAAAGAUCUCCUUACAGCAUGCAUUAUACCUUAUGCAUCACGGAAUGCUUGAGGAAGCGAACAGAAAUCUCAGCCGUGCAGAGACAUGGAGAUACGGGGAAAAGUCUUCUUCCCAGGAAGUGUUAAUCAACCUUAUUCAGGCCUAUAAAGGGCUUUUGCAGUAUUAUACUUGGUCUAAAAAGAAGAUGGAAUUGUCUAAUCUUGAUAAAGAUGAUUACGCUUACAACACCGCAUCCCGGACUAUGCUUAACCACAGUUGGAAGACAUCUGUAAACCUUGGUGCCUUGAUUCAAACUCCUGGAGUAUGGGACCCUUUUGUGAAAAGUUAUGUAGAGAUGCUGGAAUUCUGUGGGGAUCAGGAUGGAGCCCGAGAGGUACUCAACAAUUAUGCCUAUGAUGAAAAGUUCCCGUCGAAUCCAAAUGCUCAUGUCUACUUAUACAACUUUCUAAAGAGGGAGAAGGCACCAAGAGAGAAACUGAUAAGUGUGCUGAAGAUUUUGUAUCAGAUUGUUCCAUCUCAUAAACUGAUGUUAGAAUUCCAUAGAUUACUGAGAAAAUCAGAAAAAGAAGACCACCAUAAACUUGGGCUGGAGGUACUAUUUGGAGUCUUAGAUUUUGCUGGAUGCACUAAAAAUAUAACUGCUUGGAAAUAUUUGGCAAAAUAUCUGAGACAGAUGUUAAUGGGGGACCACCUUGCCUGGGUCCAAGAAGAGUGGAACUCCAGGAAAAACUGGUGGCCUCGCUUUCACUUCAGCUCCUUUUGGGCAAAAAGCGACUGGCAAGAGGAUAAACCUUUGGCUUGCGAGAAAGCUUUGGUAGCUGGGAUGCUGUUAGGAAAAGGUAGGGGUUUCGUUUUCUUCUUAUGUCGGCAUGGCUUGUGGGCGAUUCUGAGAUUACGAAGCAGGACCAAGCGUACUUGGUCCAGUGCCCAGGGACACGGGGUGCUGGAGAGAGAACUGGUGAAUGGCAGAUGCAUCGAGCUGCGGCCGGGGAUCUGCUGGUAAACACAGUCUGCGGACGGGAAGCACUGGUCAUCUCGUUGAUUGUGGCAGUUGCUCUCUGUGCUGUAACUUGAGUAUCUUUAGGGGCCAAUUAAGAUAGAGGAUGCGGACCGUUUCCACAACAACCGCAUAGAAAGUUUACUGACAUCCUUGACUUGCCAGUAUUAGAAAUAGAAAAAGAUUCUUUGCUGACCUCAUUGUUUGAGAAUAGCUCUGUAUCAUAUUUAAUUAUCUGUUCCCGCAAGGAGGAGACGUUUCUCCCAUGAAAGAGCAUACCUCCCAUUAACCUAUUUAAAAAUCCUUUUUUUUUUAAUUUUUUUGAAAUGUUUUAUUUAUUUUUGAUACAG